AGGCUCACAAGUGUGAGUUGAGCUGUCAGUCCAAAGAGACCGGUGAGGUGGUGGUCAUGAACCAGGUGAUGCAUGAUGGGACGCGGUGCAGCUACACAGACCCUUUCAGUGUCUGCACCCGGGGGGAAUGUCUGCAUGUGGGCUGCGACAAAGAGGUUGGCUCGUACAAACAAGAAGACAAGUGUGGAGUCUGUGGUGGGGACAACUCCCACUGUCGCACUGUCAAACUGACCCUCACCAAGAUACCAAAGAAAACAGGCAUGCUGAAGAUGUUUGAUAUUCCGAUCGGUGCCCGGCACAUCGUUAUAGAGGAGAAUGAGACUUCCUCCCACAUAAUUGCUGUAAAGAAUCAGGUCACAGGCAGCUUCAUAUUGAACGCAAAAAGUGGAGAUGCCAAGUCCAGAACCUUCAUCGAGAGCGGUUUGGAGUGGGAGUACGUCUUCGGAAGCGGCGAGAAAGAAACCCUGAAAACAAUCGGCCCCCUUCACGAGGGCAUCGUUGUUCUGGUCAUUCCACAGGAGGAGGACACUAAGAUCAGUCUGACAUAUAAGUACAUUAUCCAUGAGGACCUGCUGCCGGUCAUCACCAAUAACAACGUUCUCCUGGCCGAGCUGGAUACCUACGAGUGGGCCCUGAAGAGCUGGUCGCAGUGCUCUAAACCCUGUGGGGGAGGUAUACAGUACACCAAAUACGGAUGCAGGAGGAAGAGCGACAGUCGACUGGUGCACCGGAACCUCUGUGAAACCAGCAAGAAGCCCAAACCCAUCCGGAAGAGGUGCAACGUGAACGAGUGCAGCCAGCCAACGUGGUUGGUGGAGGAGUGGAACCCGUGCAGUAAGACAUGUGGGAAGAUUGGCUACCAGUCCAGGGUUGUUCAGUGUAUGCAGGCCCUCCACAACGGCACCAACCGGACGGUCCACACUAAGUACUGUACAGAGGACAAGCCUGAGACCAGGAAGGUCUGUAACCCCUCUGCCUGCCCUGCACAGUGGAGGACAGGGGCCUGGUCACAGUGUUCAGUAAGCUGUGGAGAGGGGAUUCGACAGAGACAGGUUGUGUGUAGAGCCACAGACAACACCAUCGGCCAUUGUGAGGGAGACAAGCCUGAAACUGUCCUCAUCUGUAAACUGAGCCCGUGUCCAGGACAGUCAUCGCUGCCCCCGUUCACCAAAGAAGCGACGGAGAAUUCAACGACAAAGACGGAGGGUGUACAUCAGAUUGUUCCUGAGAAUCCUGUCCACAAACUCUCCUUCAGUAAGUCAGCAUGGGAUGCUUCUAUUGGAUUUGUAUUGGAUUCUAGUCUAUUCUAUUCUUCUAUUGGAUUCUAGUCUAUUCUAUUCUUCUAUUGGAUUCUAGUCUAUUCUAUUCUUCUAUUGGAUUCUAGUCUCUUCUAUUCUUCUAUUGGAUUCUAGUCUAUUCUAUUCUUCUAUUGGAUUCUAGUCUAUUCUAUUCUUCUAUUGGAUUCUAGUCUAUUCUAUUCUUCUAUUGGAUUCUAGUCUAUUCUAUUCUUCCAUUGGAUUCUAGUCUAUUCUAUUCUUCUAUUGGAUUCUAUUCUUAGCGGCUUACCGUUUUAAACAUCU